UAGAUGAAUAUGUAACAUGAUUGCAUGCACAUUACGUUGCACACUGGCCCAACCUAAACUCUUCCUUGUUGGACUCGUGGGUGUUAUUUUUGUCUUCCAUUGGGCACACAUUCCUUAUCACUUGUCGAAGUACUCUUUGUCCUUUCCAAAUCGGCGACAUUUUGACGCCCCACAAAUACGUUUUGGGAUUUGCCUUGGACUGAUCUGAUCCACAGCAGACAAUGGAGACAACGCAUGCAGUGAAGCGCUCACAGCGGCGAUGCCGGAAGCUUUGAAGCGAAUUCUUUCCCCUGCCUUCUACCGCCGCGUGGCGUUCGCUUCGUGCGUCGCUCGCUUUGAAAGAAGCCCGGUCGCUCACUUUCACAGAGGUAGAGCCAAAGGCGGUCCCGAGCCAGGCAAAUGCGCUCCAGAUUUGGCAUCUGACGUCGAUAAAUUGGGGAUGGGCGCGUGGUCUCUGGGUGUGGGAGCUGUGGGAGCUGCCCUGGCUGGCAUUUUAUUGGUCAACUCCAGUCUGACUCUCCCCAAAGUAGGCAAGGCGUCGCUGGAAUAUCUCGCCGAUGCUGACCUGCUCUCCACCGCUGAUGGUGCGAGUGACUUCUCAACCAAACUUGAUGGCAAGGUCAUCAAAGCAAAGAGUCUGUGGGAAAAGAACGGCGCCGUCAUCAUGGCCGUGCGGCGGCCCGGAUGAUUUUUGUGCAGAGAGGAGGCUUCCGAGCUGUCCUCUCUGAAGACCCAGCUGGAAGAGCUCGGGGUCCCUCUGGUGGCCGUGGUAAAGGAACACGUCGGCACGGAGAUCCAGGACUUCAGACCGCACUUUGCUGGGGACAUCUACAUCGACCAAAAGAAACAUUUCUACGGGGCAAAAAUGGGCGCUAUGGGGCUGUUGCGCUUCGGCGUGUUGCAGAACUUCGUGCGGGCCUGGAGGUCCGGCUAUCAGGGCAACAUGUUGGGCGAGGGCUUCAUCUUGGGGGGCGUCUUUGUCAUCGGCGCGGGAGAACAGGGGGUCCUACUGGAGCACCGUGAGAAGGAGUUCGGCAACAAAGUGGAAGUGGCGGAUGUUCUCCAAGCUGCCAAGAAAAUUGUACCACGCAAAUAAGUUUAUUUCGAGCACUCAAUAUAAAUUAAUGAAGCUAGAAAGUCGCGAUUAAAAGAGGACACUAUGUCCGGUUUGGACAUCUUGGCCAGUUUACCGAAGUCACCUCUUAUUGCCAGA